AUGCAUGCGGAGCAGCUCAUUAAGAAAACUCGGGCUGAGGCUGCUGCAGCUGCCUCGGUGCCUUAUACGGCGACAGCGGUUGUCGCCACUUAUAAUAGUCUUAACAUUGUUCUCUUUGCACCACGUGUGGUUUCUAUCGAUUCAUCCCUUGUGGUCACAGGUGCGACUAAUAGAGAGGUCGACGCCGUGAAAGCCAAAGCGCAGGCACAGGCCAUCGCUAAGAUGUUGGGUAGUCAGAAGAAACUCUCAGGACGCACGAGUGCAAUGAAGUAG